AUCGACACAAACGCAAUGUAUAAAGAUGGAUGUAAAUUCCAAGUUCUUUCCUACAAGCAUGCGAUGCUAAUAAUUACCGUUGAAAAGAUUGUGAAAACCUGAGCAAAUUCUCUCAUACAAUUUUCUUGUUUCUGAUUUCUCUCGAAAACCGAUUCCAAGUUUUCCGAAAUCCCCAACCAAACAAGCCAUGCCGACGCUUCCGUGGAAGAAGAAGCACACGGGGACGCGGAUAUCGCGCAUCGUGGCGGAUCUCCAGACUCCGCCGAAGCGCGGCGGGUCGCUCGUGGUGGCGACGGGCUUCCCCACGUCCCUCAUCGACCUCUUCGUCAAGAACCGCGACCGCUUGAAGAAGAAGAGCGCGAAGAUCAACAAGUCCAACAAAGCCCACCUCCAGAUCCAACCCACUUCCCCACCUCCACCGCCGACAUCGGUACCCGACUCUUCGACGGUUUCUGAGUCUUCUACUUUUGACGGCGACGAUGAUCCCACGCCGUUGAAUGAGAUUAAAGAAGUUUUGCACGACAGAGAUGAAGGUGCCGAGUCUCUGUGCGCGGAUCGUCGUGAUCCGCCGCGAGCGGUUUACACGGUGGUUUUGAAGGUGUUUGUGGCGGUGCUGGUAUUGGCCAUGAGCACCAAAAGGCUUGCCGUUGGUAUUACCAUGUCUGCGUUUCUGCUUAUUUUUGCCGACUAUGUGUGGAAGCGCUCCGUUUGUUUCUUGGGACCGUUUGGUACUGCCAGAGCGGCCUUGGAGUGUUUGCUCCAAAAGGUGUCGCAAAUUGUGCGGAUCGAAAAUGGUUUGCUGGUAUUGAAGAGUGGGACGGCUUGUGAAGGUUUGGUUGCAGGGGAAGAGAUUCAGAUUGUAGAACCCAAUUGUGAUGCGAAAGAAGAGCAGCGUGUGGGGGAGACUGUUAGUAUGGGACCGGAGCUUGAAUUGCUUACCCGUGAUAAGAGAUGGGGUUGUUUGGAUAACGAGAAAAAGGCCAUGGAUUUGGAGGAAGAGAUUUAUGGAGGCCCUGUUUUGGUACGUGGGGAUCUGCGUAGCCGGAGCGCUAAAGUAAAAGCAAAGAUUAUAAAGAAACUGUUGCCGAAGAAGUUGCGUAAUUCGAAGAAGGAUAAAAAGAGUAGGGGGAUCAAGGAGGGGGAUUCGAGCAGCGAGGUGUCUAGUAUAUUGGGGGAUGAUAUAUUGGGGAGAUUUGACGAGCAAGAUGAUCAGCAAGAACGAGAAAGCGAACAUAGAUCGUCGAUGUUGUCGCUUUUACCAGAAGAAAGGUGUGAAAAACAAGUUCUUGAUGAUGGAAAUCCCAGUUUGAAUGAAUUAUCACCGACUAAGAGGGAUGGGAGAGAAAGGGAAGGAAGAAAUUGGUGGUAUUUAUCUCUCUUUGUAAUUGUUCUUGCUGGACUUGCAGGAGGUCGAGUUGUAGCUCUGGCAGUCACAGUUUCAUGGUGUUUCAUGUUGAAGUUGAUUGGAACUCGGAGGAGAUCUGUAGAUGUGCCUAUGAUCAGGUGUCCUGUCUCGAUCUCAAGCUAGAGCUUUGGGUAGAUAAACCAAAUUUUUAUUUUUUUUAUUCUAUUUUUUCUUUUAUUUUGGGUCCUUUUUUGUUCAUAGAGAUAGUGUUGUUUUGCUUCAGAUGAAGCUUUAUUGAAUCCUUAAAAGGUGUAUGCUGGAAAGCUCAGUCUGAUAGAAAAGCCAUCCAUUUUGUUGGCUAUCCAACUUGAGCUGUGUGUAGUUUGAAAUGUAAAUUCACAGAUACAAAUUUUAGUGCAGAAUUCAACCCUUAUUUGGUA